UCACCUCUGGUCGGAUAGUAGCCUACUUCAAUAGACAUUCAGGAUGCUCUGCUCACAAGGACCUUGGAACUCUGGCGGCAGCAGGGAAUUUGAAAAUAAAAAUGAAGUCUGGAUUUAUUCAGAUGCUGAGGAAGAGGAAAGAGCUCAUUCCUCUGAUCGGCUUCGUGGCAUUGGCUGCUGUAGGAGCCACCUCUGCCUCACUCUACUUCCUAUUUACAAAGAAUGAUGUCAUUUUAAAUAAAAGCACAAACCCUGAACCCUGGGAGAGACUGGACCCAUCUAAACCACAGAAGCUAGUCACUAUCAACCAGAAAUGGAGACCCAUUGAAGAGCUGGAGCUGGUGAAGAGUAUGACCAAGUGAUCUCUCUAUCUUUCUAUUUCUCUCCAUUCUCUCCCCUUCCUCCCCCCUCCAUCCUGAAUGAGAGCUGCGUCCCUGCCCUUCCUGCACCCCUUCCCAGUCUAGCAGAAUCCUUUCUGCCCAGACUAGAUUCCCUGAUACUUAGUGGGCGGAAACACUUCUGCUAUACUGGUGGGGUAUCCCUGUGCUCAAUACUGUCCCCAGGACUGAGGAUGUCCACAGCUGUAGUGUUACUUACAUCACCAGGCUGUAAAGAGAAAAAGCUUUUGUCUUCACUGUAAACCAGCUGUCUGUCUGUCCCAGUGAUGUAACUGCACUGUACUGCACUAUAGCUGACUCUAAAUGUGACCAAAGCUGUUUGUUUGUAA